AUGGCCGAUGGUGCAACAUUAGCCUCAUUUCUAUGUGGUUGGACUCUAACCGCUCGUAGGGCUUUUGAAAGCAUUGCUGAUCCUCUUUUUGAUAUGGCAACCCUCUUUCCCCCUAGUGAUCAUCUGCAUGUGAUCAUGCCAUCUGGUUUGUUUAGUAAGCAGAAGAUUGUAACUACGAGGUUUGUGUUUGAUGCAACCAGCUUAGCCACUCUAAAAGGCAGAGCUGCUAAGGCCACCUGCAUGAACAACCCGACUCGCAUUGAAGCCAUCACAGCUCUUCUCUGCCAUGCGUUUGGCAAUCUCUGGCGUAACGCCAUUGCUUCAAUAGCAGAGGGCAACAACAAGAUAGAGCUGCCUGAUAUAGUUGUUCAGCUGAGGACAGCCACAAGGAAGAUCAAUGAAGAGUACGUGAGGAAACUUCAAGGUGAAGAUGGGCUAUCACAGGCUAUUGAAUCUCUGAAAGAAGUAAGUGAAAUGGUGACCAAAGGGCAGGUUGAGUUUUACAGCAUGAGGUCCGGUGAUGGAAAAGAGGCAUGGGUAUCGAUGGAUGAACAACACAUGACCAAGUUUGAACGUGAGGAGCAGCUUCUCAUGCAUUUUCGCCCCAACCAUAUUGCAUGUGAUUCAAACAUUGGUUCAACUCCUCUAGAAGCAUAUGUCUAUUCAAACUCAUCAUCCUGA